AUGGGAUUCAACAAAGACUAUCUUCCUUCGUCUCCUCGCACGGGUCACUGUAUCCAUGAGAUACUACAUUACUUCACUCAAAACAAAAAUCACCAUAUAAGUCUCUACAACAUAUUCAUAUGUCUAAUAUGCACCAGCCUGCGCACCCCCCGUACAGUCGGCGAUCUCUUUGGGUUUUUCUUGUAUCUUGGUGAGAUUAUGAAUAAAGGUGGUAGUUCCCCUAACGUCGCUCAGGCCAUUGAAACUGCAAGUCAAGACAUGCCCCAAACUCCCGAUACCAAUGCCAUCACUGACGCUCUCAAAACCCUAGCUGGUAAAAAACACACCGGUGCCUCUCAUACCGAUAACCACAGCUCCGAUGCCGACCUCCGCAGCCUCUACGACAGCAAUUGCACUACAGGCAAAACCUGUGGCCAAUACCUCUUCCCGCUUUCUUUGUUUAUCUAUUCCAUCAUCUCACCAUUUUUCGCUAUGUCCUAUCUAUCACGUAUUGUGUACCUCACGGAUGUCCUCAAAGAUGGUCUUGAAGAGUUACUAGAAGACUUCAACAAUCUUAAAUGUGACCACUGCGAUAAACAAAAUCAAUGCUCCGCCGGUUGUCAUGGCAAUCCCGGAAAAUGUCACUGUUUAACCAUCGUCCAAUGCCACAAUGUCCUACCCCUUUUCUUCAAAUACGGUUUUGUUUUCUACAGCGCGAGAUCAUUGAAUGGAAAAGGUGAAGACAAAGGCAAAUCCAAACCCGAGUGGCUCCGCCAAUGCGAAGCAUUCUCCAAAGAACUACAAAAAGUCAUCAACAACGAAUUCACCAAACUCAUCGACGAAAUCAACAACUUCCUCACCUGCAUCCGCCAACCCUUCCUCCUGUACCUCCUAACAUUCUGGCUUGUAGCCAUUCUAUACUUCACCUACGGACUAACAAUACCUCUGGACCUCCUCCAUAUCCGUUCACAUUGGAGACGCGCUUUGUCACAUCAAAUAUCGGUGUUGGCGUUAUUAUCGAAGAAGGCAAUGUCACCAACAAAGGUUGGAUAUUUCACACCGUAA